GGAGGGGAGGUGUGUCUGCCCACAGAGCGAUCGUGCGAUCCGCACACUGUACACACACGACAGGAGGAUCGGCUCAGAGACAGCGAUGCGGCAGGAUCGGAAGCUGUCCUUCCUCCCACAAUAGCCAGACUCCCUUGCGCCCCACCCAGCUGGACCGACCGUCUGGAAGCAUGAGGAAGAACCAGAGCCCGCUCAAGACGGCAGCACCAGCCCAGUCUCCGGCUCCAGCUGAAGUCGGCGUGUCACACUACGAGGUCUCAGUACAGCAACUCAACGAGCUGCUGUCAGACGGCAACGGAUAUUACAGCCUCCCCACGCAACAUUUUCACGAGGUCUUCCCCAGGAUCUACGUAGGCAACGCGUUUGUGGCUCAGAAUUCGAUGAGACUGCAGCGGUUGGGAGUGACGCACAUCCUCAAUGCAGCUGAGGGCAACUCCUUCAUGCACGUGAACACCAACGCGGGGUUCUACGCUGGCACCGGCAUCAUCUACCACGGCAUGAAGGCUAACGACACAGAGCACUUCGACCUCAGUGCCUUCUUCGAGGAGGGCGCGGACUUCAUCGACAAAGCUCUGGCCUACAAGGACGGGAAGGGGAAGGUGUACGUGCACUGCAGGGAAGGCUACAGCCGCUCGCCCACGCUGGUCAUCGCCUACCUCAUGCUGCGCCACAAGAUGGACGUUCGCACCGCACUCUCGAUGGUGCGGCAGAAGCGGGAAAUCGGCCCCAAUGACGGUUUCCUGAGGCAGCUGUGCCAGCUGAACGAAAGCCUGGGCCGCGAGGGCAAGUUAAAAACUAAAUGAGAGCCCCCCCCCCCAUCUCUCAUAUUUUGCCUCCUGCGGGGGGGCGGGGUCACAUCCCAGCACCUAGCCAGGCCAGUGCACCCCCAGUCAUCUACGUGGCAUACCCACACCCGCCAAUCACCAUGACAGCACCUUCAUUCAUACCCGCCCCCCUUCCCCUUCACUUCACCUGCUGGCCUGUCAAGAGGAAGCUCCGCCCAUGCGAACAGCAGGGAGCCAAUGAGGGAAGCUCACGGUGCAUGCGCCCGCAGCCUGCCCAACCCCCUUGUUCCUGUGUCCACAAGGUGUCCCACUGCCAGGCUUCCAAGGCCUCCUGUUGGUUUCCUGCACCUUUUUAAGGCGUCCAGGCAUUACACACACACACACACACACACAAACACAGAUAUUUGGGUUAUAUAUAUAUAUUUAAAUCCAAGUGUUCAGGUUCAGUAGCGUUUCCAGUUUUUGUUACUAUUUGAGAUUGGCCAAUUUCUCGGGUUUUCCUGAACGGAUAUCUUGCUGGAAAAUCCAUCUGGAGCGUAAAAUGGCGUGUCUUUUGGAAAGCUUUGCCUCCCAGCCUCCUCUUCGAGAGUGCCACACUCUUCGCAAGCCAGCACUAAUUUCCCAGAACUCGCUGUAUUAACUUAGCAUCCGAUGUGGGCAUAUGCUAACUGGCUGGUGUGAUUACCGCGGCUAGCAGCUGACAGUAUUCCUUAAAGCUUGUUUAUUUCAGAGUCUUUCGUGCAUGAGAUUAGAUACCAGUCCAGCCAUAUAGUACAAAUGGUGUAUUUAUGUCAAUGCAAUCAUCGAAGAAUAGCACAAUAACUUUAGAGUUGCCCACUGCCAGAUAACCAGGCUACCUUGUCCCAUCUUUUAACAGAUGGUUAUGAUGUCAAAGCUCAUUUCCAAAAUAAAUAAAUAAAUGCCGUCUGUACAAUGUC